CCGUUGACUGGCCAGCGCUUGAAUUUUCUCCGGCGACCGGAGACUUAUCUUCACGCCCUAUACACCGAUGGCUGGAGCCUUUGUGACCAAUCAUGCAUGCAUAUAACUUCAUUUUUGAAUGAUUGUCCGGAGAAAAUACACAGAAACUCGCUCCUACUUUCCGUAUUGUUGUGUUCUCAUGGCUGCCUUGGGACGAGAGAAUCAAACCAUCUGAGGUGUCCCUGGCCGACGAGUCAAGAUGCCGGCAGGAGGGUUCUCAGCGUCGUCCGGCAUGGACUUCGAGGCCAAGAUCACGCCUAUGGUGAUCACCUCCUGCGUCACGGCGGCCACCGGCGGGCUCAUGUUCGGCUACGACAUCGGCAUCUCAGGCGGGGUGACAGCAAUGGAGGAUUUCCAGCGUGAGUUCUUCCCGACAGUGCUUCGCAAGAGGCGCGAGAACAAGGGGAGCAACUACUGCCGAUACAACAACCAAGUCUUACAGCUCUUUACCUCGUCCCUCUACCUCGCCGGCCUGGUCUCCACCCUCUUCGCGUCCUACACCACCCGCCGGCUCGGCCGCCGUGCCACUAUGCGCAUAGCGGGGGGCUUCUUUAUCGUCGGCGUUGUUUUCAAUGGCGCCGCCCGGAACCUCGGUAUGCUCAUCGUCGGCAGGAUCCUGCUUGGCUGCGGCGUUGGCUUUGCUAAUCAGGCUAUUCCUCUGUUCUUGUCAGAGGUCGCGCCAACUACAAUCCGCGGUGGCCUCAACACCCUGUUCCAACUAAACAUCACCAUCGGCAUUUUGUUCGCCAGCCUUGUCAACUAUGGCACUAACAACAUCCAUCCUUGGGGAUGGCGUCUUUCUCUGUCCCUCGCUGGAUUCCCGGCCAUGCUCCUCACCCUAGGUGCGCUCUUCAUGGUUGACACGCCCAACAGCCUCAUUGAGCGUGGCCAUCUAGUGGAGGGAAAAGUUGUGCUCAAGAAGAUCCGCGGCACCAACAAUGUGGAGUCGGAGUUCAAUGAGAUCGUGGAAGCCAGUCGCAUCGCCCACGACGUCAAGCACCCAUUCUGCAGCCUUCUACAACGCCGCAACCGUCCCCUCCUCACGAUCACUGUCAUGCUCCAAAUGUUCCAGCAGUUAACGGGUAUAAACGCAAUCAUGUUCUACGCCCCGGUGCUGCUAACCACGCUAGGAUUUAAGACCGAGGCAUCGCUCUACACAACUGUUAUCACUGGGGCGGUGAACGUGUUGUCUACGCUUGUAUCAAUGUACACUGUAGACCGGGUGGGGAGGCGGAUGUUGUUGCUGGAUGCCAGUAUGCAAAUGUUCCUCUCGCUAGUGGCCAUGGCUGUGGUGAUGAGGACCAAGGUUACCGACCGCUCAGACGUCAUCGAUCACAACUGGGCCAUCAUGGUUGUCAUCAUCAUCUGCAACUUCGUCUCCUCCUUUUCUUGGUCGUGGGGCCCACUCGGGUGGCUCAUCCCAAGCGAGACCUUCCCGCUCGAAACGCGCUCCGCGGGGCAAAGCAUAUGCGUCUGCACGAACCUACUCUUCACCUUUGUCAUUGCGCAGGUCUUCCUCUCGAUGCUUUGCCACCUUAAGUCCUUCAUAUUUGUGUUUUUCUCUGUUUGUGUUGCCAUCAUGUCGCUCUUCGUCCUCUUCUUCCUCCCCGAAACGAAGAACAUUCCCAUCGAGAAGAUGGUUGAAAGAGUGUGGAAACAACACUGGUUCUGGAAGCGAUUUAUGAAUGAAGGAUGCAACAACCACGCCAUCAGCGGGGAGGGAACACCGUCUACGGUGUCACUGUAUAGUUAGUUUGUAGAGUGAAGUAUCGUUAACCAGCAUAGCUUUAUUUGUAAACAGGCCAGAAUCAAGGUUUAGCAAUCUCUCGUGUCCUACAUGCAACACAAACAUAUAUGUCUUGGUGCUGCAACCGCUUUUCUCAGUUA